AUGGAGGCGCUGCAGAAUCUGCCGGCCUCUCUCGUCGCUACGUUCCAGCGGGGUUCCCCGUUCCCCGCCCCGCCCUCGGCGCCUCUGUCCUCUCCCCUUUCCGUUCUACAGCGUCAGGACUUGCUCGCUUCUGCUGAUUUCUCCGCACAAGCAAACCGUAUCUGCGGGUCUGCUCAGGCUCUGCACGCCUUCGUUUCUUCACCGAGGCGCGCCGCCGUCGUGUCGCGCGCUGUGCGGCGGUGGGCGUCACCGCAGCAGAGUUGCCUCCCAAGCCGGCUGGCCUCACAGAGUGCGUCUCCUGCAUUGUGCGCCGCACCGCUGACCGACGGUUCGCCAGCGAGAGACGCACCGGCUGACGCAGCUGGGCAUGCCGCGGAAGCCCGGGAGAUUUUCCCCUUCCAGGCCGAGGUGAAGCGCGUGCUGGACAUCAUUGUGAACUCCCUGUAUACAGACCGAGACGUCUUCUUGCGUGAGUUGAUUUCCAAUGCGGCGGACGCGAGCGACAAGAAGCGCAUGCUGAUGGAGAAGGAAGGCCGCAAGUUUCGCGGCAGCAUUCGUGUGCGGGCGGAUCGCGAGAAAAACACUCUGACCAUUGAAGACGACGGCAUCGGCAUGAGCAAGGCGGAGCUCAUCAACAACUUGGGAACGAUCGCCCAGUCAGGCACGUACCGCUUUCUGCAGCAACUGAAGGAGCAGCAGGCUGCGGACUCAGGCGCCUCCAAUCAGGCGGCCUCACUCAUCGGCCAGUUCGGCGUGGGCUUCUACUCCGCGUUUCUGGUGGCAGACGCUGUGGAGGUGUACAGCACAGCCUGGCAGGGAGGAAGCGAGGGAGACCAGGCAGGGAAGGCGAGGGAAGUGUGGAAGUGGAGAAGCACGUGUGGACAAACGUUCACGCUCGAGCAGGUCGACGCGGAGGCGGAACGAGCGCGGUGGGUGGCUGAGCGCAGAGUCCUCCAGGAGCACUGGAAGAAGCAGAAGGCGGAGAAAACCGACCAAGCGACAGCCGCUGCCGGCGAAGGCGUCGCGAGUCCGACGGGAGAGGAGAACGCAGAGACCGCAGAUGAGGAAGAGGACCCGAGGGACUGGAGCGGCACGCGAGUCGUGCUGCAUCUGAAGGAAGACAGCGACGAUUACCUCGAAGACUACAAGCUGAAGGAGCUCAUGCGGAAGUACUCCGAGUUCAUCCAACUCCCCAUCCACAUCUGGUCCGAGCGCAUUGAGUACGAGCGCGUCCCCGAAGGCAGUGAGGAGCUGCAUGCGCCGGCGAGCGCCCCCGCUCCGGACGGUCAGAUUCCAGGCCUCACGCGGCUGACGCCCGAGAACGUGGACGACCAGCUUGGCCCAGUCGGCGACGCUGCGAGCGCAAGGCGACAGACAGAACCCGGGUAUCCUUCCUCAGGAGGAACAAAGUUCAAGACAGUCACUCACCGGUACUACGAGUGGGAGCAUCUGAACACGCAGCCGCCGAUCUGGAGAAGGGAUGAAAGGCAACUAACGGACAAGGACUACGUCGACUUCUACAAGUCAACCUUCAAGGCUUACGAUGAUCCUCUCGGUUUUGUCCACAUGAAGGUAGAAGGUCAAGUGGAAUUCAACGCACUGCUCUUUAUUCCCGGAGCGUUGCCGUGGGAACUUGCGCGCAACAUGUUCGACGAGGAAUCAAGGGGCAUUCGACUCUACGUCAAACGCGUCUUCAUCAACGAUAAGUUUGCCGACGCUGUCCCGCGAUGGCUCACAUUCAUCCGCGGCGUGGUCGACUCUGACGAGUUACCGCUCAACGUCGGUCGGGAAAUUUUGCAAAAGUCGCGCAUGCUGCAAGUGAUCAACAAACGCAUUUCAGCGAAAGCGGUGGAGAUGAUGAAGAAUAUGAAACGUGAAGGCGGAGAUAAAUGGAGACGCUUCUGGGAAAACUACGGCAAAUAUGUCAAGGUCGGGGCGGUGGAAGACAAGGACAACCAAGAAGAUCUUGCUUCUCUUGUUCAGUUUUAUUCCACAGCUUCACCGAAGGAGACAACCGACUUAGCAGGAUAUGUAGAACGCAUGAAGGCCAGGAAUGAUAAGAUCGACCGCGGAGAGGAUCCGCUGCCGACAAAUUCGUCGGGUCGUGUCAUUCUGAGGCGCAAACAAAAUGCAAUAUACUACCUGGCAGCAGAGAACCGGAAGGCAGCAGAAGAAAGCCCUGCAUUAGAGCUGCCUCGUGAGCUCGGCUACGAAGUAAUCUUUGGAACCGAGCCACUAGACGAGUUCUUCCUUGCCAGUCUAAGUAUCAACCAGUUCAAAGGCAUCCAAGUGAUUGACGUGAACAAGGCGGAUCUCAAACUGGGAGGCGAAGAAGGCGGAGCGGGACGCCUUGGAAACCCGCCAGGCGCAAAGGGAUCAGGUGCUGGUGACUCCCGCCCCGGCUUAGUGGAUACGGAGAGCAUAGAAACAAAGCGCGUCCAGAUGGGCAGCCUGUGCGAGUGGCUACAGCAGAUUCUGGGCUCACGAGUGCACAAUGUGCAUGUCACAGACAGGCUCUUCACGUCACCAGCCGUUCUGGUUCAAGGUGACUUCGGGCUGUCUCCUACCAUGCAGCGGUACAUGAAGCAACAGGCCGCAGCGCAAGGCGUCAGUGAACAAGAGCUGUAUGGGGCGUCUCUUAAUCAGCCGAUCCUGGAGCUUAACCCCUACCAUCCAAUCAUCCAACGUCUAGACAUCAUGGUCAAGAGAGACGUCACGGACCCGAGGGCGAAGGAGGUUGCACUGCAACUUUUCGAUGUUGCUGCUCUCCAAGGAGGAUACAACAUCGAGAAUCCUGGUUACUUUGCCAAGAGGGUUAUUGAGAUGAUGAAACGAGAAGCAGAUGCUGCUCUUUCGGAACAAAAGGAGCAAACGCCUGUGCCGCCCAGUGUGCCGGAACAGGCUCAGCAGCCGCAGUCGCAGGGUUGA